AUGCGGGUCCCGCAACUUCUUCUGCCGCACCUGCUUCCCUCCGACCUUGCUUCCGCUCCACCGCCAACUCCAGCAUCUAGCCGGUCGCCCACACAUCGACCCGCGCGAUUCUUGACCAUGUCUGGCCCGUUCAGAUAUGGCCGUGAUCCGGACGGACGAUGGAUCAUCGUCCCUCCUACCGUCCAAAGCCGAGCAUCGCCAGCCCAGCCUUGGGCACAGCGCGGCGCCCAUCCCUCGGCUAGGUUGCCAAGGUUGUCUCGCGCCGCCCAACCGCCUCAGACAUCGCGUGCUGGCCAUGCGGCUCAGCCUUCCGCCUCGUCACCCACCCUUGCUCGCGUCGACCGCCAGCCCGUCGCUUCGUCGUCCGCCCUGCCUCCUCGCCGCACGCGGCCGACGGCUGCCGAGGCUGACGAAUCGGACUUGACCUACUCCGAGACGGACGAAUCCGAGGCUGACAGAACGUAUGCUGACGAGUCCGAGGCUGACGAGUCAGAGGCCGUCGAAUCUGUGGCUGCCGAAGCCCAGGCCGCUGCUGUCCAGGCUGGUGCUCAAUCCAAGGCGUCGCACGUCACUGCCGAGACAGCGGCCGUACGACUCCUCUCCAUGGAUCGCCAUUGGACCGACGAGGGAUGCCUAACGUGCCAGUCCCGGGGGAUCGACUGCAGGAGGCCCUCGGCAAACGGACGCCAGAUCAAGUGCAGCUUGUGCUCGGCGCGAUCCAAGCCGUGCAGUCUCGGCUGGAUCUUGGACAUGCCGCGCAUCAUGGCGAUGGUCCAGAGGUUGAAAGGCGUCGACCUGACGCGCAUCACUCCCGCGUUCCUCGCGGCCGAGCGCGAGGUGUACAAGAACGUCCCCGAGCUUGGCGGACCGAUGGACCGAUGCAGGGACUACGCUCCGCUUCCGCGCAAUGCUGCCGAUCGCCCGGACGAGCGCCACGACUACACUCACACUCGCGAGCGCAGGACAUCGGACCGCAACGCUCAGACUCACACCGAGCUGCCCGAGUCCGAGCCGCUGAGGGCAACGUCGGCACGCAGGAAGCGAACGUUGGACACGAUGCUCGACGACGAUGACAUGCGCGAGCAGAAUGGCGUCGUCCCUCAACUCCUGCAGCAGCACCAAGCCGAGCUCGACUUCUUCGGCCCGACGAUCACCAUCGAGCAGCUGCUAGGCGUCUGCGCCAGGACCCAGUAUCGCAUCUCGGAAGAAAUGAAUCGUUGA